AUGACCAAACGAGUCAAGCGCAACGUGGCUUCCACCCCCACCUCCACCGCCACCCCCGCUUCCUCCCUGGCCCCUCAGGAGCUCUCACCCUCGCCACAUGCCUCCAAGCGCGGCAAAACUCGACCUGAUCGCGCCCCAGCCCCUCGAACAAGCUUUUCCCUCACAGCAUGUCGCAAGUGGUUUGCGACUUACCUCAGUCAAGAUGGAGACAAGCAGAUUGAGCCUGCUGGCGUCAUGAAGCUUUGUGAAGACUUGAAUGUGACUCCAGAGAACCCGGUGUUGCUCGUGCUGGCCUCGGAUGCGGGCUGCGAGCGCAUGGGCUACUUUACCUGGAACGAGUGGCUGAGCGCCAUGAACAAAUAUCAGUGUGCUUCUGCAGGCUCGUUGAAGGCCAAAUUGCCACUCCUCGAGGCACGACUGACCACCCCGACCGAACUCGACGUGAUCUAUAAGUUCGCCUAUGAUUUUGCCCGAUCUGCCCAAGACAACCCAGCGCAGCGUAGCCUCGACAAGGACUUGGCCAUCGACAUGUGGCAACUCCUUCUCCGUCGUGGUUGGCCCUUGCUGCCGACCUUCCUCAACUUCGUCCGGUCAAAUGCCAUCAAGGUCGUCACUCGAGAUCAGUGGCGCUCCCUUUUGGCUUUUGCGCGCGAGAAUACUGACACCGUCGAGAACUACGAUGAAACUCAAGCUUGUACGCUCAUCUUUCUUUCUUUCUCUCUCUCUCUCUCUCUCUCUCUCUCUCUCUCUCUCUCUCUCUCUCUCUCUCUCUCUCUCUCUCUCUCUCUCUCUCUCUUUCUUUCUUUCUCUCUCUCGACCAAUCUCACUUGGAUGACAAAUGCGGAAUGUUUUGUAUAG